AUGAAGUCAUUUACGGCACUCACAACUGCCAUUCUUGCCGGCCUUGUGUCGGCCAAGCCUCUCCAUACAAGAGCAACUACCGAAUUCGACGUCACGUCCUUCAGUGCCAACACACUUCCACACGGAACUGCCGCUUCCAUUGGCUUCAAAAUAGCUGCUGCCCCUGGUGGCGCCUCCACAGAGUGCAAAUACUCUGACAACACCUCUGUCGGCCACCUUCCCGACGUGCCCUUCCGUCCUUGCGACGACGCCGCCUUCCAGUGGCAGUUCCGGCAGGAGCCGUCUCAGCCUGGCACAGAGGGGCAGUACUUGAUUGUCGUCAAGUACGACGACCCCACGCUUGGCCAUCCUGUAGCUGGAGCUCAUGAAUGGCCGGCAAGCGACUUCCCCUUCGAGAACCAAGGGUCGACGGUCUCGCAGGCGUACCGUGGAGAGCCAGACUUUGUUAUCCAGGCGGAUCAGUGA